CAGGCGACGGACCCGGAAAACCCACGUAGACCAAACCUUCAACACGAGCAUCUUCCUCUUAAAGCCCUGACGCCUUCAAACUCAAAACGUCCCGUAAAACGGCUUCUCUGGCCCUAGCUAACCAUAUCCAAGAGCCGCCACCGCCAAUCCAGCCCCCCAUUCGCCAUACCGCAAAGAAAUCCUAAGCACUUACUUCGCCGCUGCCGUGGAAAGCUUCCCGUCUGUACCACCAGCGUACACGCUAAGCCAUGUGCUACGAGUAUGUAUGCAGAGCAGGCCGCACAGCGACGGGACGGGAUGUAACGCACACUCCCCACGACCCCUCCCUUCUCCCUCUCAACCUCACCCCACAACCAACCCAAAAACAAUGCCUCUCCUCCCGCUCCAACCCCCCAUCGCCCCCCUCCCCCCCAACCUCACCUUCGCAAACAAGGCCGCGCUCCUCACCUCCCCCACACGAGGCAUCACGCACGCCACCGCGCACCUCCUCCUCACGCACCACCUCUCGCACCUCAUCCUAACCUCCCGGUCCCUUAGCACCGGCCUCGCCCUCCAGCGCUCCCUCCAACAGGCCCACCCCACCGCGAAACUAACCCUCCUCGCGCCCUUCGACCUCGCGGACCCAGCGCAGUGCGCCGCCGCGCUCAAGCGGCUGGUGCAAGACGAGGGCGUCACGAGUCUGGAUAUCCUGGUGCUGGGCGCCGCCGACGGGGGCACGGACUACGACAUUUUGGAGGCGACGGGGAGGGAGCGCCUGUUGCAGGUGAAUGCGCUGACGCCGGCGGUGGUGGUCGCGGCGCUGCUGCCGCUGCUGCGGAAGAGCGCGCACGCGCCGGCGCGGGCCGUGCUGAUCGGGAGCCGGGCGGCGGCGCAUGCGGGGUUGUUUGGGGGGGCGCUGCCGGAGGGGUGUGCGGAAGAGGGCGCGCGCGAAAGUGAGGACGAAGGCGAUGGCGCAGCCAAACGCACGCCCCUCCUCGACUACCUCUCCACCCCCACAGCCAUGGCCAACCUCUCGCGCUACCCGACAACCAAAGCCCUGGCCGCACUGCUCAUCGCCGAGCUCGCUGAGCGGACCUCUCCCACGGCAGGCCCCCGGAUCACCCCCCCGAACACCAUCCUCCCACUAUCCAUAUGCCCCGGCAUGGUGCAAACGACCCUCACCGACGCGCUGCCCUGGUACCUGCGGGGCGUGCUCUCUAUCGCGAAAGCCAUUGCGGCACGCACUGUCGAGGAGGGCGCGCAGAGUGUCGUCUUAGGGCUGGUGAUGGGCGAGGAGGGGAGGGGAGGGCUGUGGCGGGACGGGAUAGUGGGUGGGUAUGUGUGUGUGUUUUCUUUUUUGGGGUUUUGGUUUUGUGUUUUGGGGGUUGUUGGGCUAAUAUGUUGGUGUUUAGGCCGCCGUUCGAGUUUAUGGUUUCGGAGCGGGGGAGGGAGGUGAGGAGGGUUUUUUGGAGGGAGGCGAUGAGGGAGGCGGGAAGGUACAUUGAUGUGCCGGGGGAGUUGUUGGCGUGAGUGAGUAUUGGAGGGAGGGCCGAGGUGGGGGUGUUUGGCGUCAGUUUUUGCUUGAUUGUUUGCGUGGGAGAGGAGCACUUACUUUUGUGUAUGGCUUAAGUGGUUAUACUAAACGAACUCACUUCUAUAUAGAGGGACCAGCGUACGUAUUACAA